GGGUAAGGUGGCUGCCGCAGGCUUUGCAGCUAAGGUGAAGUGCCCGCGGUUGGCCCCGGCAGCAUGAAGCCCAGGCCUGCGGUGUUCAUAGACGGGAAGCUGAAGCAGCGGGUCAUUCAGUACCUCACCAGCAAUAGAUGUGGCAAAUACGUGGACACUGGGAUCUUAGCGUCUGAUUUGCAAAAAAUGUACAGUGUAGAUUAUGGCCGAAGAAAAAAAAAUGCUUUUAGGAUUCAAGUAGAAAAAGUAUUUAGCAUCAUUUGUAGUGAGAAAGAACUUAAGAAUCUUAAAGAAUUAGAGGACAAACAUCUGGCAAAAAGAGCAAGACAAGAUGAAGAAGAUGAUGAUACCCCCUUGCCUAGUAGCUUUCAAUUGGAAUUACUUCUCGUCCCCAUUUCCUUUUUGGUGGUAGACUUUGUCCAGUUUGAACCUGUGCAGUCAGCAAAUCACAUGAACAACUCCCUGCUGUCUUUGUAUCGGAAAGGAAACUCUGACUCUGUUUCAAACACUCCGAAGUUGGACCAAGGAGAAGCCACCACUUCAACACCAUUGCUGACUUCUAAAACUAGCAUCAUGCCAUUGAAGACCCCUGCCAGAGAAUCUGAGGGAGGAUGGUUUAUUGACAAAACCCCAGGUGGAAAGAAAGACAGUCAUCUCUUGGACCUAUCAGAUGACCAAAGCAACUUAAAGCCAGAUUCUGAGAUACAGAAUUUAAAAGGUUCUCUUCUGGAAAGUGGUAAGAAAAGGAAAGGUAGGCCAAAGGACAAAGGAAACAAAAGAAAGACGGCGGAUCUUCAGGAAGUAGAUGGAGAAAUAGAAGCUGUUCUGCAAAAGAAAGCUAAAGCAAGGAGUGUAGAGUUGCAGAUUUCCAGUGUGAAGUUUGAAGAUGUUGGAGGCAAUGAUGCAACAUUAAAAGAAGUCUGCAAAAUGCUGAUACACAUGCGUCACCCAGAGGUAUACCAGCACCUUGGUGUCGUACCUCCUCGUGGAGUUCUCUUGCAUGGGCCACCAGGCUGUGGGAAGACAUUACUUGCGCAUGCCAUUGCUGGGGAACUUGACUUGCCAAUUCUGAAAGUGGCUGCACCAGAGAUUGUGUCAGGAGUUUCUGGAGAAUCUGAGCAAAAGCUCAGAGAUUUAUUUGACCAAGCUGUGCACAUAGAAAGCUGGGACAGGAUAAUUGCCAUGAGUUAUCUGAAUAACGUGGCAGCUACAGCUCGAGUUCUAGUAGUUGGAGCUACUAACCGACCAGACUCUUUGGAUCCUGCUUUAAGACGUGCAGGAAGAUUUGACCGAGAAGUAUGCCUAGGUAUCCCAGAUGAGGCUUCCAGAGAAAGAAUACUUCAAACUUUGUGCCGAAAACUGAGACUUCCAGAAACUUUCAAUUUUUGUCACUUAGCACACCUAACGCCGGGCUUUGUUGGUGCUGAUCUGAUGGCACUUUGCCGAGAGGCAGCCAUGUGUGCAGUCAAUAGGGUCUUGAUGAAGCAGCAGGAGCAGCAGAGUCCUGAGAUGGAAGGGUUGCCCCCUAAAGGAGCCCAGGAGGAGAGGCAGGGGGCUGACCCCACUUCUGAAACACAGGAUGAAUUGCAAAGGCUGUUGAGGUUGCUAAGAGACCAAGAUCCCCUCUCACAGGAACAGAUGCAAGGACUGUGCAUUGAAUUAAAUGAUUUUAUUGUUGCUCUAGCGGAAGUCCAGCCUUCUGCCAAAAGGGAAGGCUUUGUAACUGUCCCUAAUGUGACCUGGGCUGAUAUUGGCGCCCUGGAAGAUGUUAGAGAAGAGCUCAUCAUGGCAAUAUUGGCACCAGUUCGCAAUCCAGACCAGUUCAGAACGCUUGGUUUGGUGACUCCAGCUGGCAUCCUCCUAGCUGGUCCUCCUGGAUGUGGGAAAACUCUGCUAGCAAAGGCUGUGGCAAAUGAGUCUGGACUAAAUUUUAUAUCCGUCAAAGGCCCUGAGUUAUUAAAUAUGUAUGUUGGUGAGAGCGAGCGUGCAGUGCGACAGGUUUUUCAGCGAGCCAAGAACUCAGCACCUUGUGUGAUAUUUUUUGAUGAAGUAGAUGCUUUAUGUCCUCGAAGAUCAGACCGAGAAACAGGUGCUAAUAUCAUUGACCCCGCCAUUCUGCGCCCAGGCCGGCUGGACAAAACACUCUUUGUAGGUUUGCCACCCCCAGCAGAUCGUGUUGCCAUAUUAAAGACUAUCACAAAAAAUGGCACCAAACCUCCAUUGGAUGAAGAUGUAAAUUUGGAAGCAAUUGCCAAUGACCUUCGUUGCAAUUGCUAUACGGGUGCAGACCUCUCUGCUUUGGUACGAGAAGCUUCUCUCUGUGCCCUAAGACAAGAAAUGACCAGACAGAGGAGUGUGAUUGGAACAGGUGAGCUCAAGGUCAGCCAUAAGCAUUUUGAAGAAGCUUUCAGGAAAGUAAAGCCAUCUAUAUCAGUAAAGGAUCAAAUGAUGUACGAAGCUCUGCAGAGGUCCCUCAGUCAGUGACGUUUCAGUACCUGGCAUAAAGGUGUCCAGUGCAUGGAACUCACCAAGAAUCACCCUUACUCUGAAGGGUCUGUUCUCAGCCUGACACAGAUGACUUCAUUAUAAGCAUUUUAUUUUCAAAUUAUUGAGACCCAACUGGAGAAGAUGAUGUUUCCCAUCUGACCAACUUUGUGGAAAAACUACCUACCUCUUCAUUAAGAAAAAGAAAGAAAAGGGGACUGAUAAAGCCUUUUUCAAAUAAAAUUUUAUUUUGAAAUAUCUUGAUCAUAUGUAAAGUUACAAAAAACUUUUCCUGAGAAGUGGUCACCUCACUCCUCAUCACCCCAGAUACACAUUCAUGUAGGUUUUCUGUAAACCAGGAUAUUUUCCUAUAUAACCAACUGGUCAAAAACACUGACACAUUGCUACUAUUAUCUAGUUCCAGCCGUCUUUCUCAGCUGCUCUAAUGUCAUUUCUAGUAAAAGGGUCUAGUCUAAAUUAGCUAUUCCAGUGUGUUAAGUCUUCUAGUUCCCUUAAAUAGUUUCCAACAGUUUUUUUUUUCUUAUUGGGUUUUUGUUUGGAAACAGUUUGUAUGUGUCCUUGACUUGCCUGGAAUUUAUAUUUAGCAUAGGCUGGCCUCCGCCUCCUAAGUGUUCUGUGUGCCCCCAAAGCCUUUUGGAGUUCAUAGGUCAGUGAUUGGGUUCACUUAGUUUGCAUCUUUUUGAAGAUAGAGUAAUAAACUGCACUGUCUUGGGUGGUAAUGUAAUUUCAGUGUCACUUAAGACCAUCACUCUGGUUACAUGAUUCAAGGGCUUCUGAUAAGCUUCUUUGUAGGAAGGUGUUUUCACCUCUUACACAUGCAUUCCACCCUCACAAGAUUCAGAGUAUAAUUUUUUUAAAUUUAUCAUUCAUUUUUAUGAUUUGAUUUUCAGAUUGUCUCAGAUUGUGUCUUUAGUGGAUUUCUAAGAUGUUUUGUAAAUGAUUUUGUAUCAUGAUUAUUUCAUCAAACCAUUUAAUUGUUGCUGUCUAAAACAGGUCUAAUUACUUCAUUUUCUUCCUAAGUUUUUAUUCAAUCUCAUUGUACAAAGUCUUUGAGAUUACUUUUAAGAAUGUUAUUGAUGGGGCUGGAGAAAUGACUUAGUAAUUAAGAGUACAUAGUGCCCUUUUAGAGGACCAAGUGUGAUUCCCAGCUCUUACAUAAGCAGCUCAAAACUGCCUGUACUCCCAGCUCCAGGAGAUCCUACACCUCCGACUUCCAUAGGCACCUGUGCUCACGUACAUGCAAACUCCCCCCCAACACACACUUUUUUUUUUGGUUUUUUUGAGACAGGGUUUCUCUGUGG